AUGGGCAACAAAUCCUGGACCAUCAACGGCAAGACGGGCUUCGAGGCUCUCAGCUUUGCAGACUCCCCAGUUCCAGAGGUUGGAGAUAAGGAUGUUCUCGUCAAGCUCCAUGGAGCUUCACUCAACUACCGAGAUCUGAUCAUCCCCAAAGGCCUCUAUCCAUUCCCUUCAAGCGACGGUCUUGUCCCUGGUUCGGAUGGCGCUGGUGUUGUUGAAGCAGUUGGCAAAUCUGUAACUCGCUUCAAGAAAGGUGAUAAGGUCGUCACCCUUUUCAACCAGGGUCACCUCUCAGGCUCUCUCGAUUACGCUGCUCUCGGAACCGGCUUGGGAGGAGCAGUAGAUGGUACUCUUCGCCAACAGGCCGUCUUCAACGAGCAGGGAUUGGUCCACAUGCCAAAGAACUUGAAUUACAUGGAGGCAGCAUCCCUCACCUGCGCCGGUCUCACAGCGUGGAAUGCUCUUUACGGCUUAAAGCAGCUUAUGCCCGGCGAAUGGGUUCUCACCCAGGGAACUGGAGGGGUGAGCAUCUUUGCCCUUCAAUUUGCAAAAGCUGCAGGCGCAAAGGUCAUCGCUACUACGUCUUCCGCUGCAAAGGCCGAGACACUGAAGGGCUUGGGUGCCGAUCAUGUCAUCAAUUACAAAGAGGACGCGAACUGGGGAGAGACUGCCAAAAAGCUCACGGGUGGUUUGGGAGUGCAACACGUGAUAGAAGUCGGCGGUCCCAACACCCAGGCACAGAGUCUCAAGGCCAUCGCUUUCGAUGGUAUCAUUUCCGUCAUUGGUUUCAUUGCUGGCGCGCCUGGUGAGACACAGGCUACUUUGACAGAAACGCUGCAGAACCUUUGCACGGUGCGCGGUAUACUUGUGGGAAGCAGACAACAAUUUGAGGCAAUGAACAGAGCUGUUGAAGCGAAUGACAUUAAGCCUGUUAUGGACAAGAAGACUUUCAAGCUGGAGGAGAUUAAGGAGGCUUACGAGUACAUGUGGGAUCAAAAGCACUUUGGAAAGAUUGGUGUGCAGAUCGAUUAG